UGAGUAGUAUCUCGAACGUGCCAUGCAUGUAAGCGCGCACCACUUUCGCAGCGCUGCACGCCGCCGCCGCCGCCGCCGCUGCCUUGUUUCCCUCCCGAUCGUGUGUCUCCAUCGGAAGAUCAGUCUGACUGUCAUCCGCCCACUGUCCACACCCCGUACUGAAGGUGUCAUGCCACAUGGGUGGGGUCCCCCCGUUAUACCAAAUAGUGUGGGCUGCCCAUUGGUCAUUUGUCUGUUGAUUGGAGAUUCAAUCGCACCAUAUAGCGAAAGGCGCCGCCGCCAUGUGAGGCGAGGUGGCGUGGCCGGUCAGAGUACCGGGGAUGGAACUAUGGUUGGAAAUAGCAUCAGGGGUGGAAGGGAGGGGAGGGAAGGGGAGGGGACCGCGGGUUUUGCAUACCCGUACUCCUGGAUCAGCGGAGGUCAUGCUGUUGAGCGGCGGGGCUCCCCGGGCGGGUAACGAAGCUGCAGCCUUGCUACAGGCUGAACGGAAAGGUUCUAAUGCGGUAACAAAAGAGUGUUUUUCCUUUUUUUUUUCCAAGUUUAACAACAGAGAAGACGUGCUGGAAUCAAUCCUGCCGGUAGUAGCAGUCCUAGUAGUGGUAGUGGUAAGCAGAUGGUGGCAAUCCCGACUGGAUCAGAUGAUAUAUCGGGAUCUUGGAUCUUUUGUGUUUGAUGAUGAUCUUUGUUGUUCGCUAAGUGAGUUCCAUCGGACUGCCACGACCACGACCACCACCCACCACCACCACCACGCCUCAUUCCAUCUGCGCCGCAUUCCCCGCCCUUUCUCCCCAUCACCGCCCCCAGCAGGGCAGCAGCAGCUGCUCACACCUGUUUCCCCCGGAUUUUUUUCCUCGUAUGAAAUCAUCUUUGAGUAAAAAAUCUCUGGGCAUUUAGAGUUGGCCUCUCUCCUGCUUGCUUGUCGCCUGGGCUGUGUCCUGCCCCUUUCGUUGACUCAUUGGAGGAGGAAAACUGCUUCAUUACUGUGGAACUGGGAUUACAGCAUCCCGGCUUUGGAUCGAAAAGAGAGUUGGAAUUGACCCGUCAAUCCUCACCCAGCAAAAAAGGGCUGGACUGGGGGGU